CUAAUCAGAUCUGGAGCUAUGAAGAUUGUUGAUUGUAAUAACCACAUUAAAUCAGCCUCUGCCUUUUUUGGUGGUGGAUGUGCAGUGAACAUUCUGUCAGACAAGUAUAACCCUCUAGGUGACAAUAACCAAAUCUUGUGUAAUGCUUGUGGGAGCGAUCUCCCUGGCCGGCAUUGCACAAGCCAAGAUCUCUAUGCUGGCCACCAGGGAGCCAUCAACUGUUUGCUGGAUAAGGGUGAAAUUGCCUUUGCCAGACAUACAUCUCUCAACACCACUCUGGAGGAGUAUGGAGAAGAGCUGAGGCUUAGUGCUGAUGAUUUUGAGCUUCUUUGUGAUGAUGGUAGUCGUGCCGCAGUAACAGACUACAAAACAUGUAAUUGGGGAAUAGUUCCUUCCAAUGCUAUUGUGACCACUUCUGCCAAGUCUCCUGAGCAGCGGCGAGGUCUCCAGGACUUCUUAAAGACUGCAUUUGAACAAUAUGGGAAGAAAUCAACUAAUCCCAAGGAUUUCUACCUCUUUGAAUCAUUCCCAAAAUACGGCAAAUCUUAUGAUCUUCUUCUUUCUGAUAACACACACAUGUUGGUGGACCUAUCAACCAGCCAGCAGAAUUUCCAAAAGUAUCUAGUUGGUAACAUCAUGAGCCACAUCCAGACAAUACGUUCAUGUCCUGUGAACAAAAUGAGACUCUGUGUAACCUCCCAGGCAGAAUUUUCAAAGUGUCUCAAAAUGCGGACUGCACUACAUGCUCAGUUGCUGAAACCAGAGAUGGAUUGCUUUAAAGGAGAUACAAAUUUUGACUGUAUGGGAGCCAUUAAAAGAGGGGAAGCAGAUGUUGCAAUAUUUGAAGCUGGAGACAUAUAUAGUGCAGGACUUAACUAUGAACUUGUGCCUUUCAUGGGGGAACAAUACAAUCUUGAUACCUUAGAAUAUUAUGUUGUUGCAGUUUCAAAAGAAGAUGACCCCGAUACGGAUGUUCUGUAUCUCAAAAAUAAGAGAACCUGCCAUCCUGCAGUCAUGCAUGGUGGUGGAUGGGUAGUGCCAAUGGCUUACCUCCUCAACAACAACCUCAUUCGCCAGUAUGGAUGUAACUCUGUGAGAGCAGCAUCUGAAUAUUUUGAGAAGUCUUGUGCCCCAGGUUCUCUCAGCAGCUUCUACCGCCACAAUAUGAACCGACUAAAUCUCUGCCAUCUCUGCCAUGGGAUUGGAAGUGGAUUCUGUGCCCGAGAUCACAGUGAACCCUAUUAUGGAUUCACAGGUGCCUUUAGAUGCUUAGUAGAGGGAGGUGGAGACAUAGCUUUCCUAAAGCACACAACUGUUCGAGAAAAUGUGGAUGGAAAACGGAAAGAAUGGUGGGCAAGGAACCAGCUUACUGCAGACUAUCAAUUAGUUUGCAGAGAUGGUACUCGAGCCUCAGUAACAGAUUAUCAGGACUGCAAUUUGGGCACAGUCCGUUCAAAUGCAGCUGUGACCCGGGGAGGUUAUCUUUACAAUGAAACAGAGGUAGCAGCUUACACCAAUCUGCUGUUAUAUGCGCAACAACAUUUUGGGCGUGAUUCUGAUGAUGAAUGGAACUUCAAAAUGUUCCACUCUGAUGAACCAUAUGCAGAUCUGAUCUUCCAGGAUGCAACACAACAGCUUGUUCCAUUGCCUAAGGAAGAGCAGCAUUAUCAUCCUUAUUUAGGUAUUGAGUUCCUAAAUGCGCGGUACGAAGUAGAUUGUACUGCUUCUUCUCCAUGUUUGCAAGUGUCAUCGGCAUUGAUUGCAUUUUUAGUGAUCCUCUGCCUUGCAAAUUGAAGGUCUGCAUCUCUCAAUUUUAAUGUUUAGUUGAAACUUAGAAAUGAGACCAUGCUGCAUCAUCAUAUCAUGAAACAGCAGUACUUCUGGCUGUUGUAAUCAAUUGUGAUCAUGAAGAUUUUUAUUAGGUUGUGCUCCAGAAUCUCAAAAGCAAGUGUUUUUACCACAUAAUUACAAGCAGGUGUUAUAUUGUAUGCAUUACUGUAAGAUUAAUAUUCUUAGGAUUAUCCCAGUGUAUUAUGUCUCACAAUGUAACACCCUGUUGUAUUUUUAUACAUUAAAAAUUGAAGUGCAUAUUUGAAAAAAACAAUCCUUAUAUAACCAUAUAUGUCACAUAUAAGUAAAUUAAUAAAUAAUGAUAAUGGUAAUAGUAAUGAUAGUAUUGAUAAUAAUAAUACCAUAAUAAUUAUCAUGAUGAUAAUUAUGAUAAAAAUAAUAAUAAUUAUUAUUAUUAUUAGGAAAAUGUUGCGUUUGCUUUAAUGUUAUGUUAAAUGUCUCUGCGCAUAGAUGGCUCUGCCAUUGCUUAGCCACAAAGGAGUCAAGUAGAAGAUCUUGUGACCUCACCUUUCCUCGAGUUGGCAGGAAAAACACGUUUUUUCACUAAUACUAACAUUAUUUCAUUUUGUUUUUGGGUAUUACUAACAGCAGUAUCAAAUACUAUAAAGUAUUAUUGAAAAUCAAGGAAAUGGUUCAACAGGUGAGACAGGUACUUCAUGUGACUGGCUCAUUGGUCACCUAGUACUUGUGGAUCCAUCUGUAUGUAAAAACAAUUACUAGAUUAAACACACAGUGGAGAUGGCACAUGCCAUCCCCGUCAGCAUGUGGUUAACAUAAAUUGUACUUUAUUUUUACCAGCAGCAGCUAGUAUUGACUUUAUGAAUGGCAGUUAUGGUUAUAUAUUAGUAUUGUGAUCUUUAGAUUGAAAAUAAUAAUUCAGAUCAAUGGAUGUAUAUUUUUGUUAAGAUUGGGUAAUCCAUAAUCUAUGGAUAUAUAUUGAUCCAGAUUUUUAAAGAGAUGUACAUAUGUACCUGUGCAUGUAGAUGCAUAUACACAUAUGUAUUAGUAUAUAAGUGAGUAAGUGUACAUGCACAAAAGAAUGAGAUCACUCACAAAUGCACACAAACACAUGGACAGUUGUAUACUCAUGUGCAUACCCCCA